AGUCAUGUCGAAAGUUGACCCGGAAGUUGAUGUUCUUGUUAUUCUGAUAUUUUCUAGGAAUGUACUACUAAGCAUGGGUACAAAAAGUAGGAUUGAGUGCAUCUUCUUCAGUGAAUUUCAUCCUACUUUAGGGCCAAAGAUUACUUAUCAGGUCCCAGAGGAGUACAUUUCAAGGGAGCUUUUUGAUACAGUACAGGUGUAUAUCAUCACCAAACCAGAAUUGCAGAAUAAGCUCAUCACAGUCACUGCAAUGGGGAAGAAGCUAAUUGGUUGCCCUGUUUGCAUCGAGCACAAGAAAUACAUCCGGAACGCUCUUAUCUUUAACCUGGGUGUGGUAUGUGAUGCACAGACAAAGACGUGUGCACUGGAACCUAUCGUGAAGAAGUUGUCAGGAUACCUCACUACACUGGAGCUUGAGAGUGGUUUCAUAUCAAAUGAGGAGAGCAAGCAGAAGCUGUUGCGAAUUAUGUCCACACUCCUGGAAGACCUCAAUGCCACUGGAGCGUGCACCCUACCCAUCGAUGAGUCUAAUACCAUCCACCUUAAGCUAAUUGAGCUGAGGAAGGAUCCUGUUAUUGUGCAGGAGUAUGACGUGCCUGUGUUCACACAAAAUAAAGACCAUUUUAUAAAGGCCCAGUGGGAUCUUACUACUCAGCAGAUUCUCCCUUACAUUGAUGGAUACAGACACAUACAGAAGAUAUCAGCCGAGGCAGAUGUGGAGCUAAAUCUUGUUCGGAUAGCAGUUCAGAACUUGCUGUAUUAUGAAGUGGUUACCUUAGUGUCAAUAUUUCAGUACUCCAAUGUAUACUGCACAACCCCAAAUGUCCAGACACUUCUUGACGACAAGUCUCUUCAAGAGGAAUGCCUGCAUUAUGUCUGCAAACCAGGGCAGCGAGCUACUCUGAGGGAUGUGUUUCAGCUGUAUUGUGGUCUGACUCCUGGUACCACAGUUCGAGACCUUUGCUCACGUUACUCUCUGCAGCUGCAAAGGGUUGAUGAAAGAAAGCUGAUUCAGUUUGGGCUGACCAAGGAUCUGAUCCGCCGGCUGCAGAAGUACCCAGUGAAAGUCAUCAGGGAUGAGCGUAGUCGCCCUCCACGCCUCUACACAGGCUGCCAUAGCUAUGAUGAGAUAUGCUGCAAAACUGGAAUGAGCUACAAAGAGCUGGAUGAGCGAUUGGAGAAUGAUCCAAACAUAAUCAUCUGCUGGAAAUGAGCACUGAUGGGAUGUGUCUACCAGUGGAGCCUCUUAUUGCUUUGAAAUGCAGCCUAGCAGCGCUCUCCACUUUCGUACCCAGUGAGUGUUUGCCAAAGACAUGGAUCUGUGUUUGGGCUCGACCAGCAAAACUGCAAGGGCAUGUUGGUGAACUGCAACUGAAUGGGACGGAAUAUGACACUGUCCUUGCGUACUAACUAUUUUAUACUGACCAUUUAUGUCAGCAGGAUGGUUAAGAGUACUCCACCUGUCAUUGAAGAUUCAUACCUGUACACACACACACACACACACACACGCCCACUCCUGUAAACUCUGUCUAAACUCACUGUUUGAUUAAACUAUUAUUUAAACGAGAA